AUGGACUCAGGACCAUUUCUUGAUAUAAUUCCGAUUUUAUUGAGCUAUUUAGACUUGCGAAGUCUUGUCCAUUUAGCACAAACAUGUCAUUUUUGGAGAGAACGUAUUUAUUAUGAUUUGAAAUUAUGGCCAAAUGUGAUUGAAUUACCUUAUAUCGGUCGUAUGCGUGAUUAUGGUAGCAAACGUCAUAAUCCUGAAAAAAUCAUUAAAAUGAAAGUAUGGUCGAUGAUUUUACCGCCAGAGAAUCCGAAAGCUCUAGAACACGUUCUAGAAAAAAUGGCAUCGUCAGACGAAAGUAUACGACGAUUUCAACUGGUAGAAAAAGUAUGA